AUGGACGCGCUGGUGAGGCUGGAGGGACAAAAGUUUCCCUUCAGCAUUGAAGACAUCUUGAGGAAAUAUCCUCACGCUUACCAGGACUUUGCACUCAAGGAGGAGACGUCUUCUUGUGUCCAUCAGACGUGUUCGUGUUGCUGCUGCUGCCUCUGCUCGCGCUGUGGAGACCUCGUCCACCAUGAAGGGUGUUGUCGCUAUGGAUGGAACAAUGCAGCGGCACACUCGGACGCAAGCGCGCCAGAAGAGGCUGGCCUAGAAGACACAUCACCUGUUGAGGCGCAGAGGAGGACCAGGCGACACCGCACCAUCUUCACGGAGGAGCAGCUGGACGCGCUGGAGGAGCUCUUCCUGCAGAACCAGUACCCUGACGUCAACACGCGGGAGAAACUAGCCCAGCGCACUCACCUGAGAGAGGAAAGGGUUGAGGUUUGGUUCAAAAACCGCAGAGCCAAGUGGCGGCGCCAGAGAAGACUCUCGUUUAAUGUGGGGAAUGUGGAAAAUUAA